AGGGGGGGAGAGGAGAGCCAGGAGAGGAGAGCCAGGAGCCUGAGCUUGUCUGUGGCUGGAGAGGAGCAGGAAGAAUGGAGGGGUGACCAUUAGGGGAGCAUGGGGCGAGCUGUGCAGGCAGGGAUGCCUGCUGGGGGGCUGCGCUGGCCCGGCCUGGUCCUGAUGGUGAUGUUCUGCAUCUGUUGCCAUGGCAAAUCUCUAGGAGAGCCCCCGAUGCCUCAGGAAUUCCAAAUCAAGGUUCAAGUGUUUGAGAAUGGCGACCUUUCCCCUUUGGCGUCAGCGACGGUGGAAAUUUUCGGCAAUCAGAGCAGCUUGGCAUCUGGCGUCACCGACCAGGAGGGCAUAUCGGUGCUGGGCAUCAGCUACAGACUGGGUACCUGGAUCCUCGUCACCGCCAGCAAGAGAGGCUACGUCACUAACUCUGUGCCCUGGAAGGUGGAUCGACUGCCACGUAAGGAUUUGUAUGCCUCUGUCAGCUUGUAUCUCCUUCCUGAAAGACCCGCCACGCUAAUCCUCUAUGAAGAUAUUGUGCAGAUUCUACUGGGCUCUCCAGGUGUCCGCAGCCAACCCGUAGUGCAGUUCCAGAGGAAGUCCAUCCGUUUACCUCGAUCCUCUACUUAUACCCAGCUAUCAUCCUCUCUUACUACCACAAGCAAUCUGCACCAGAUGAAAGGAUUCCCAGCAUUUAUUGGGGCCGAUCCUGAUUCCAGCAACGGGGGUAACGCCAGCUGGGUGGAGCUGCUUCCGGUGGCUGCUGUCAGCGUUCACCUCUUCACUGGGAACGGUUCUGAAGUCAAUCUGGUUGGUCCUGCUCAGCUGUCCCUCCCCCUCCCCUCUGACAGCGGGAUCACACCCGCCAGCAGUAUACCCGCUUGGAAGUUCGACCCCAAGAACGGUUUGUGGACCCGUUCCGGCAUGGGUGUGGUGCGGAGAGACGGGCAGCAGUUGUACUGGUCGUUUUCAUCCCAGAAGCUGGGAUAUUGGGCAGCCGCCAUCCCUUCCAGUGGUCGAGGUAUGCUGUCACUUAUGGGUGGUGUGGACAUCGCUGGCUACCAUACUAUCUUCCUGCUCUCUAUUCUGGGUGCUCUUACACUACUGGUCCUCAUCCUGCUCUGCCUCCUAAUCUAUUACUGCAGGCGCCGAUGUCUGAAGCCAAGACAACAGCAUCACAAACUGCAGCUUUCUGGCCUCUCUGAGCCAAAGCGGGACCAGGCUACCUCGACCUCCCGCCUUAAUCUCAUUAGCACCAGCCACCUGGACUCUACAUCCACAGCUGAUAGUGAUCUUCGAACUCCAGUCCUACGCUCUGCCUAUUCCUCCCGUGAAGACUUUUGUAAAUCUGGUGGGCGUUCCUCCAUCCAACAUUCCACAGAUACUCUUCCUCUAAGGCCAGGUUCUCGAGAAGAUUACCCACUAAAGUCAGCCCGCUCUGGUGACCUGCUGGAGUCAGAAGAUCUGAAAAGGAACUAUGGAGGAAAGGGGCAGAGAAGGAGAGGAGGUAGAGGAGGAAAUAGAGAUCCACCUCCAUCACCUCCUCCACUUCCACCCCCCUUUAAACAUGUGAUCGGUGACUCUAAACCACCAGAUUAUUUGAUGACCCAAUCAGCAGAUCCACUUUCACGUCCCACUUCUUUGACUGGACCUGGACAGUUGAUAUUUUGUGGAUCCAUUGACCACAUGAAGGAGGGUGGGUACAGACAUGCCAUGCCCACUUUGGUGAUUCCAGCUCAUUAUGUAAGGUUGUCAUCAGAAGACAAUCCAUCAGGGCAGAGUGAAGAGCAAUCUGAAAGUGAUUCUGUGUCAUCACAAGCUUCACAUGCCCACCAUUUUGCCCCUCAAGAUCAUGCUCAACGUCAACAGUUGCUUCAGCAAAGUCACAACUACCAACAAGGAGGGCCCACCGGCUCAGGACAAGAACAGGAGGGAAAAGGCUGGAGCAACCACUCUUCUCAGAUGAGUGGAUCGGUCACCAUCCCUGUAGUUUUUAAUGAAUCCACCAUGGCUCAACUGAACGGAGAACUGCAAGCGCUCACAGAGAAGAAGCUUUUAGAACUUGGCGUGAAGCCUCACCCAAGAGCCUGGUUUGUGUCUUUAGAUGGACGUUCCAGCCAAGUUCGUCACUCUUACAUAGACCUGCAGACUGGUGAUAAGAUACGCAGUAAUGAUGCUAGUCUGGACUCAGGUGUGGAUGUUAAUGAGAUUAAAGUAAAACCUGGACCAGAAGAAGGAAGAGGUGGGAGGUCUCAACAUCAGCCUUCUUCUUUGACCUACUCUAAGCUGGUCUUUGCUGAAGAAGGGGAUCAGAGCCUCAGCGAGAGUCGGACUGGCGGGGGUUGCUCGCCCGAAGACAGCUCACUCACCCCACUUCUGGAUGAGGCUUCUGAAUCUUGCCUGGGUAUGAACAGGAGAGGGCGCAGCCGGGGAGACAGUUCUCGCAGCAGCACUAGCGAACUUCGAAGGGAUUCAAUGACCAGCCCUGAUGAGGACCUUAAUGACCAAUCUGAAGGUGGGGAUGACCAAGAUAAGAAGAGCCCAUGGCAAAAGAGAGAAGAGAGACCCCUGAUGGUGUUUAAUGUAAAAUAAUGAGGGAUUUCUCAAUUCUCGUUCUGUGUAUAGGACAUACCCCUCAAAGGACUGCAGGGAGAAAACGCAGGGAUGGCCCCUGAAUCCGAAGGCCGGGCCCGGAGAAUGAAAAAGACCCUGCCCCCAUCUCUCCCUUAACCUCGAGGCACGGCCCCAGCAUUGGAGAGUUCCUGUGUGGAAGACCAGAGGCACCGCGAUCUGUAUACAUCCAGAAACAUACCUACCCAUCGACACACAUACAGCCAACACAAUUACGAACAUGCACCUAUGUAUAUAAUACACACUUGCAAUAUUUCUUACAUACAUACACAGGUGCUUUAUGGUCCUCUGGUAACUGGGAGUCUAUGACACUUCAUGGUGAGACCCUCAGUGUGACCAGCCCCCUCUUUACAGAGGUAGAGCAGAUCAUUGAUAACAGUGGACUUUUAACCUUGACGUUGUCUUCUAUUUCCCUUUAAAUAGUAAUACAAGGACAAGAGAAGCAGGCCAAGCUCGCAGGAACAUGGAGAAUCUUUUGGUUUCAUCAUCAUGUCCUCUAUGGAGGUUCUGAUGUAGCAGGGCAUCCUAAUGGCCCAUGGCAUCUCCCAGUAACUCAUGCUUUGUGGUCCUAGUGUUUUGUUUGUGUAAGGUGUGUGGAAGAUCAUAGCUUGCAAUACAUUCUGAUCCAUAGUCCUCAUUUAAAGGAGCCAUGUAACUACUGUUUUACUGGCUACACUGCAUUGUGGUACCAUCUACCCCCCCUUAUCAUGGAAACCACAUCUACUUAUCGCAAUGCAUUAAUGUAGCUCUUGCAAUGCAUUGUAACCAUUGUGUACCCCCUUCCAUCUUAAUAUUAGCCAAUAACUUGCAAUGCAUCCUGGUCAACAUGCAGUAGUAUUAAGAUACUUGAGGGAUUUAAUGAUCCUCCUUUUUUUUGCAACGCAUUAUGGUCUUUGAAAUUUGACGUUUCUAAAAAAAAUAUUCCAACUUCUUUUAUGAA